AUGGGGUUUAUCAAGAAGGCUUUAUUGAGGUUUCUUAAUGGUGGAGACGAACAGUUAGACCCAGGAGUACGAUUCCUAUCAGAACCUCAAGAUGCGGUGGUGGUGGAGGGAGACAGCACGAUUCUGGCGUGUUCAGCAGCCUCACACCACACCACGAGGCUCUCCUGGCGGCACAGUACUUCAGCGCCCCCUACGAGGGACCAUACCCUCUCCGGCACUGACAAAUACAGAAAGCAACAAACAAACGGAUCGCUGGUCAUUGAGAAGAUGUCAGCGGCAGUGGCGGGGCAGUACCAGUGCGUGGCGACGGUGGACGGCGUCGGCACCAUCGUGUCCAGAGUCGCCACAGUUUUUUUAGCUGAGCUGCCAAUCCUGACCCCUGGGCCCAGGUCAGUGCUGGGUGCUCUAGGUGGUAUGGCACUCCUCACGUGCACUAUGAGGUCGACACAGGAGGCGCGCGUGGCGCUGCGAGUGCUCCUUCCAGCGACCUCGACGCCAGAUCGAAGGGUGUACGGAAUUGCUCGACCCCACACUGCUCCGCCAACACUUAAAGUCAAUGUGACUUGGUUGAAGAACGGCUCCCCAGUACGGCUAGAAGAAGGACGGGUAUCAGUGACGGUGAGUGGUGCCCUCGAGGUGGACACGCUACGGCUCGACGACCAAGCUUCGUACUCCUGCCGGGUCGCUCUACAGAACAGGCCGGAUCGAUACAUCACGGGCAAGCCCACAGAGCUGGUGGUGAGUGCAGAAGCUGGUAACGCGGAGUCACCACCGCGGUUCAUCGCCACGCCGCAGCCAGUUACCGUCAUGGAAGGUGCAUCUGCAACAUUCGACUGUGCGGCAACUGGCAACCCUAAACCGGAGAUCACUUGGCUUAACAACGGCAUCGCUAUAGACCUCAACGACCUGGACUCCCGCUUCUACCUGGUGGGGUGGGGCUCGUUGCGCGUGCAGUCUGCACGUGCUCUAGACGCGGGCGUGUACACGUGCCGCGCGCACUCCAGGCUGGACUCCACAGACUUCAACACGCAGCUGCACGUGUUGACCCCACCUCGAGUGCACCUACCAUCUGCUCCAGUGGUUACGGCGUACACGCGUGGCGACGUACUGCUACGGUGUGAGGUUCGAGGCCGGCCAACUCCUACAAUUACGUGGCUGAAGGACGGGGAGCCGCUCACGCCAAACAACCACGAUAUAUCUAUUGUCGAUGGGUCGCUGCGCAUCCAGGGCGUGCUGGGCGUGGACGCGGGCAUGGUGGGGUGCUCCGGGCGCUCCGCGGCCGGGGCGGCGGCGGCGGCGCUGCGGCUAGUGGUGCGUCCGCCCGCACACGAGACCGUCCUCCCAAAACCCACCCAAAAACUUAAUACCACCCACAUACUAAAAACCCUGAUCACCGUCGACGUGGACACCACCGAUCCCACCCUCGACUCCAAUUUCCUUGGAGAGACCUCCUCAGCCUACACCCCAGUUCCAGACAUGUAUUAUGACGAGGAUGUAUUUCAUGCUGCUGAAGAUUUGGAUCUGGAUGCGUUGAAGAGUAACGCCAGUGUUCUGUCGGAGCCGAGGAACUUCAAAGCGGUGCUGGUGAAGCAUAGAUUCGUGACGCUGAGCUGGGAGGAGCCGGAACAUAUAGGGGCGGAGCUGGUCGGUUAUGCUGUGAUGUACAAAGUGAAAGGCAGCGAUCGGGAGCGCGUGUGGCGCGGCGCCGCGAGCCGUCACGAGACCAACGUGCCGGUGCAGCCCGCCACCACCUACCAGUUCGAGCUGCGCGCCGCCGCCGCCGCCGCGCUGUCGCCGCCCACGCAGACGAUAGAAGUGCGGACCCCCGAGGAGGAGUUGGUGUACGGUCCGCCGACGGGGUUCCGCGUGGAGGUGGUGGGGCCGCACUCGCUGCGGGCCGCGUGGGGGCCGCCCGCACCCCUCCCGCACGCCGCGGCCGCUCCCCCGCCGCUUAAUUAUCACCUGUAUUACACUGAGGUGGACAGCAACCGCGAGCAGGUGCAGGUGGUGGAGGCCGCGGGCGCGGGCCCGGUGACGGCCACUGUGGGCGGCCUGCGCGCCGCCACCGAGUACUGGGUGCGCGCCGCCGCCGUCGGGGGAGCCCCCGCCCGCGACCUGCGCGCGCGCACCGCCGGGGACGUCCCCGCCGCGCCGCCCGCCAACGUCAGCGCCGCGCCCGCCGCCGGGGAGACGAUCGUGGUCCGGUGGGAGGCCCCGCCCGCCCGCACGCACCGCGGCCCCCUGACGGGCUACAAGCUGCGCUACCGGCCGCUGGGGGCGGGCCCCGGGGGCGCGGCGGGGGGCGCGGGGGGCGCGGCGGGGCGGCGCCGCGCGGGGUCACUGACCACGCCGGCAGACGCGCGCCGCGCCGAGCUGCGUGACCUCGACACCGGUACCACUUACCAGAUUCGUGUGUGCGCGAUCAACGCGAACGGUUCAGGGCCGUUCAGUGAGUGGGUGACGGCCACCACCUUACAGCAGCUCCUCGACGAGACCAGGGUGCCUGGCAAGCCGCCGCCUCUCACCACUCGCGCGGGCCGCGACUGGAUCUCUGUGUGGUGGUCGGAGGAGGGCGAGGACGGCGGCGGGGGUGGCGGGGGUGGCGGGGGCGGCGGGGGCGUGGUGGUGCGCAGCUACUGGCUCGGCUGGGGGCUCGGGGUCCCCGACGACCACUCGCGGCAGCUCGCCGCGCACCACCGCUCGCACGUUAUACGCGGACUAGAACCGAACUCAGAGUACGUGAUAUCGCUGCGCGCUGGCAACGCACUGGGCCUAGGCCCGCUGGUGUAUGCGACUGUACGCACGCGGCCCGCCGCCGCCGAGGGCGACGACCCCGGCCUGGGGGACGACGACGGGGGCGACGGGGGCGACGGGGACGGGGACGGGGACGGGGACGACGAGGACGAGCCCCCGCCGCUCAUACCGCCCGUCGGGCUCAAGGCUAUAAUGUUGAGUGGUACUACUGCUGUUCUGUAUUGGACGGACCCCACGCUAGCUAAGGGACAGACGGCGACGGACGGUCGACGGUACGUGGUGCGGUGGGCGGCGGCGGGCGCAAGGCCGCGGUACUUCAACGCUUCAGACCUCAACUGCAUGCUGGACGACCUGAGGCCCUACACCACCUAUGAGUUCGCCGUCAAGCUCAUCAGAGGCGGGCGCGAGUCGUCGUGGUCGAUGUUGGCGAGCAACACGUCGCUGGAGGCCGCGCCCGCGUCCCCCCCGCGGGACGUGCGCGCCGCCCCCGCGCCGCCCCCCGCCGCCCCCGCGCGCGCCCUCGACCUCUCCUGGGGGCCGCCCGCGCGCCCCAACGGACGCAUCACCGGAUACGUGGUGACGUUCGCGGUGCAGCGCGGCGGCGGCGAGGAGUGGGCGGCGCUGGCGGCGGCGGGGGAGCGCGCGCGGCUCGACAGGCUGCGGCCCCGCACCGCCUACCUGCUGCGGGUGCAGGCCCGCACCGCGCGGGGGCUCGGCCCGCCCUCCGCGCCGCUGCUGUACACCACGCCGCCAGACUCCGGCGAGGGCGGUGGGCUGGCGAGCGCGACGUCGGCGUGGCUGUGGGCGAGCGCGGGCGGCGCGUGCGCGGUGCUGGCGCUGGCGGCCGCGCUGGCGCUGUCGCUGUGCUGCCGCCGCUCGCAGCCGCCGCUCUCACCCGACACCAGCACGUACCAGAAAUCGUCAGCAUCGGCGGCUAUCAAACCUCCAGACCUUUGGAUACACCACGACCAGAUGGAAUUGAAACACAUGGACAAAAGUCUGCACAGCUCCGCUAUGUCGGCCGGCAGCACUGAGGGCAGCGCGCUGGCAGCCUCCACGCUGACUCUAGGCCGCUCGGGGGGCGGCGGAGGCGGCAUGGGGGGCGGAGGGGGGCUGGGGGGCGGGGCGGCGGAGUACGAGCCCGCGCGGCACCCCCCGCCCGCGUCGCUGGCCUCGCUGGCCUCGCUCGACCGCCGCCACUACGUACCCACAUAUGUCGACUCCCGGCGGUCGCCGUCUCGCGCGGACAGCGAGGAGAGUGCGGUCCGCUCGUCUGCGACGCGGUGCGAGCGGUACGAGCGGUACGAGCGGUGCGAGCGCUCGGACCGCUCAGACCGCUCGGACCGCUCGGACCGCUGCGAGCGGUGCGAGCGCUACGACUACAGACCAAUGACGGGCGUGGGCGCAGGCUGCGCGGCCACCUGCGAGCGACGCCCGAGGCACGCGCUAGUCGACCAGAGCACCCCGCUGCUGGCGGGCGUGGCGCCGCUAGGGUCCCCGCAGUCGUCUCUACACCAACAGCAUCCGCUGCAUCCGCAUUCGCAUCCGCAACAUCCGCCGCCCGCGCCCUGCGGGUCGGGGUCGUGUCCGCUGGGGGCGGCGUGCGCGGCGGCGGGCCCCGGGGGCCCCGCGGGUCCCGGGGGCCCCGGGGGUCCGCCGGGUCCGCCCGGGGGCGCGGGCCCCGGCGGGGACAUCUACGCGUGCGCGGCGCGCGAGCGCGGACACUACGUCGCCUACGAGCCCCUCGGACACUACACGCACCGCGAGUCCGUGAGCAGCGAGGCGGGCGCGGGGGGCGCGGGCGGUGUGGGGGGUGUGGGGGGCGGCGCGGGGGGCGGGGGCGCGGGGAGCGGCGGCAGCUCGCUGCAGCGCGCGCGCGGCCUGCACAGCUUCGCGCUGCACGACGCCUCGCUGCACUCCUCGCCGGCGCACUCGCGCGGUAGCGUGAGAGAGACGUCCCCGUACAAGAAGAGUGCCAGUUCAUCUCCCGGACACAUACCCAAUAGACUGCAGCUCGGUGGCGGCGUACCGCACUGCGCUGAAGAAUUAGAACCCCUGACCCCGUCGCGGUCCACCGAGCGGCUGCACCGCGAGAUGCAAAACCUCGAGGGUCUCAUGAAGGAUUUGUCGGCCAUCACGCAGCAGCAGUUCCAUUGCUAGUG